CGCCGCCAUGUUGGGUCUGAGGCGGCUGCUGUAGGCGCCGACGGAGCGAGCGGGCGUGCGGAGCGGCGACCGCGGUGUGGGAUCUGCCUCUCUGCUAGCGGCCAGGAGCGGCGGCGGCGCCAUGAGCGGGGGCACCCCUUACAUCGGCAGCAAGAUCAGCCUUAUCUCCAAGGCAGAGAUCCGCUACGAAGGCAUCCUCUACACCAUCGACACCGAGAACUCCACCGUAGCCCUCGCCAAAGUUCGAUCCUUUGGUACAGAAGACAGACCAACAGAUCGUCCAAUACCACCUCGAGAUGAAGUCUUUGAGUACAUAAUAUUCCGUGGGAGUGAUAUUAAAGACCUCACUGUUUGUGAGCCUCCAAAACCACAAUGUUCUUUGCCUCAGGACCCAGCUAUCGUUCAGUCUUCACUAGGCUCAUCUACUUCUUCAUUCCAGUCAGUGGGUUCCUAUGGACCUUUUGGCAGGAUGUCAACCUACAGUCAGUUCAGUCCAAGUUCAUUGGUUGGGCAGCAGUUUGGUGCUGUUGGCGUUGCUGGAAGCUCUUUGACGUCCUUUGGAACAGAAACAUCCAACAGCGGUACCCUGUCCCAAAGUAGUGCAGUCGGCUCUGCCUUUACACAGGAGACAAGAUCUCUAAAAACACAGUUAUCUCAAGGUCGUUCAAGCCCUCAGUUAGACCCUUUGAGAAAAAGCCCAACCAUGGAACAAGCAGUACAGACCGCCUCGGCCCACUUACCUGCUCCAGCACCUGUUGGGAGAAGGAGCCCUGUAUCAACCAGGCCUUUACCAUCUACCAGCCAAAAAGCAAUAGAGAAUCAAGAGCACAGGCGAGCUGAAGUACACAAAGUUUCAAGACCAGAAAAUGAGCAACUCAGAAAUGACAGCAAGAGACAAAUAGUUCCAGGUGCUUCUUCAGCUCCAAGGAGAGGGCGUGGGGGUCAUCGAGGUGGCAGGGGAAGAUUCGGUAUUCGACGAGAUGGUCCUAUGAAAUUUGAGAAAGACUUUGACUUCGAAAGUGCAAAUGCACAAUUUAACAAAGAAGAAAUCGACAGAGAGUUUCAUAAUAAACUUAAAUUGAAAGAAGAUAAACUUGAGAAACAGGAGAAGCCUGUAAAUGGUGAAGAUAAAGGAGACUCAGGAGUUGAUACCCAAAACAGUGAAGGAAAUGCAGAUGAAGAAGAUCCACUUGGACCUAAUUGCUAUUAUGACAAAACUAAGUCCUUCUUUGAUAAUAUUUCCUGUGAUGACAAUAGAGAACGGAGACCAACCUGGGCUGAAGAAAGAAGAUUAAAUGCUGAAACAUUUGGAAUCCCACUUCGUCCUAACCGUGGCCGUGGAGGGUACAGAGGCAGAGGAGGUCUUGGUUUCCGUGGUGGCCGAGGGCGUGGUGGUGGCAGAGGUGGUACCUUCACCACCCCUCGAGGAUUUCGUGGUGGAUUCAGAGGAGGUCGUGGAGGCAGGGAGUUUGCAGAUUUUGAAUAUAGGAAAGACAACAAAGUUGCCGCGUAGUCUACAAACAAGUCUUUGAAGAUAGGUGAAUUUCUAGCUCUUCAUGGUCCUGAGAGUUGGUUUCAGUCUUUACCAAGAAUGAAGAAGUGAAUUUGCUGUAUAUUUGUCACCAGCACUGGGUUUUUUUGUUUGUUUUUCUGCUUAAUUUCAAAGAUACGAUGCAGUUACAUUGGGGGCGGGGGGAUGGCUCGUCUUUAAAAAUGAGCAUUAAAUAUAUUUGGAAUAGCAGAAGGUUAAGUAAUUCUUAUGUAUAAUUAAACUAAAGCAGUACUUCAAUGGGACUUAUAAGUAUUUUUUCAUCACUGAAAGGAUUUUUCUUAUCACUAAAUUGUAUUUGGCAAUUAUUGCAAGUUGCCUGCAGAUAGGGCCGUGAUACUGUGUUUUGAGGGUUUUGUGUGUGUGUGUGUGUGUGUGCGUGUGUGUGUGUGUCUUUUGCCCUUUCUUUUUGGAAAUCCUGUAAUAUUCUUUUUGAGGUAGCUUAUUUCGUCAUUUAGGGUGCUGGAUGGUAGAGAAUUUUGUCAGUCAGCUCUGUACACACAGUAAAUACUGUUUCUUAGGCAAAGGUAACUUUUUUAUAUAGUUGUAAAAUUCCAUUAUAUUCCAUUGCCAAAGAAACAUUAAGAACUUUGUAUAGCUGUAUAAAAAGCAACUAAUUUUUUAAAGAAUAAACAUUUUAAAGUCAGCAAACAUAAUGUGUCCUUGCAAAAGUUGAUGUGCUGAGGAGCAGAGCUAUGGGUGGGUCUUUUUUUCAUAGCUUUCCAGGCUUAAGUUUUUUGUGUUUUUUUUUUUAACAUUUGGAACACAAAUGAAGAUUUGAUACAUUCUUUCAUUAUCUAAAAAGAAUAAAUUACUCAUGCUCAUUGUAAGAACUUCAUUUUGUUGUAAAUGGCAUAUCACAGAAUUCGUCCAAAUAAUAGAUAUUUUCAGUAUAUGAAUGUAAAUAAUCAUAGAUAAGAAUGUACUUAACUGUAUUUUCAAAUAAGUACCCCCCCCCCUUUUUAAGACAAUAAAACUAGGCAUCAAUUAACCUCUUCUUCCUGAUACGCCUGGAAUUUUGUCAGGAUGAGUUGACUCAUUCCAUUAAUUUCAAGAGGAUUCAGCGUGUUAGAAUUUAUUUUGGCAACCUAUGAUAUAUCAUAACACUGGUCCUUGGGCCUAUGACCCACAAAUGGCUCAGUAUAGAGUUCAUUGCUAAUUAUAAAUUACUAGUAAAUCUUUUUGAUAUUUUAAGCUAUAGGGGGGGGAAAUCUGGCCACUUUUGUGUUUUUGUGAAGGCCAUGGAGUAAAGGGAUCCAAAGAUUUAAAUAUUUUUAUCUCUUGAUUUUUGUUAACUUUCUCCUUAAACUAUUCAGUAGUGAUAAAGAUAUGGAAAACUGCACUGUAGGAGAAUUGGAAUAUUUAAAGAUGGUUGAUAUUUUUAAGUUUAAUUUUAUAUCUUUUGUAUAGCUCUACAAGAAAAUGUUUUGUAAUUUGGUUUCAUUAUUAAGUUUCAGUACUUGGCAGCCAUAAUUUAGAUAAUAUUGUUUAAUACUGUUUGCUUGCAUGUUAACAACAAAACCUUUCGGAGGACCCACAAAUCAUGAUAUUGAACACAUUUCUGAGCCAUUCUGAACAUCAAAGCAAGUGCUAUGGCAAUACCUAUGUAGACUGUUGGAGAUGUCCUGGGCUGAUUUCAAGAAGAAAAACUGUAAAUACCAGUUCUACAUGCUCUGAAAGUAUGAAUUCAUGCGUUUUCCAAGCCGUCUGGGUCACCGACUAGGGCAUUUAGUGCCCCAAUAAUAACUGGCAGCAUGGCAUACCUGCAGUGCACCUUAAAUAUUAAAGCAAGGUUUUUGUUCUGAGACAGAAUAAAAUUCUUCAAUAAAAAAAUGUUUGUCAAA